GGUCAUUGUGCCAACUACAAUGUGGCCUUUGCGGGUCCCACCCUCAAUCAACUUCUUCAUCUCUUCCGGUACCAUCGUAUCGGAUCGUAUUACGGCUCGCACGCGGGCUUCCAGUUUAAACCUCGUAAAAUUACGAAAAAGCCCCUCCUCUCUAACUUCCCAUAUAAUUACCCCACUGGACUCGGUCCCCCUUCGCCGGAAAAACCGUUUUUCAAGCACAAGAAAGAACCGAAAACGUGUUCUUUGAAGCACUCCCUCCCUCUCCACCGACACUACCAUCAUGGCGACGGUAUUGAGAACCGAAUCUACUCACCAUCCCAGUCUGAGCACGAGUCGCGGGUUGGCGGCUGUCUGCGCUUCAUCGACCAGUGGCUUCUCCUCCGCGCUUUCAUCCUCCGUCUCCUGUGGUUUCGCGACCGAUGCGUCGACUCCAUCGUGUGCUGGAAUGCGGGAUAGAUUCUGCGAUCAGACCCCGUCGUCGGUCCACUUCUCAGUUGAACGUCCAGUCUCCUCUGUCCGUGCAGUUACUUCGAGUAGCCGGAGUGACGGCGGCGACAACGCCAGGCCCGAGAUGGCGAAUCAGAAGAGGACGUGCCUCUGCUCCCCCACUACGCACCCCGGCUCCUUCAGGUGCUCGAUGCACAAAAACCAGAGCGGCCGCCGUGGAGGAAGCCGGCAAUCUGCACCGUACGGGUCCAGCAGGGUCUUGAAUAUCAGGAGAUUGGCGAUGAAUAGUUCGAUCGUCAGAACCUGCGGCGUCGAAGGCGAUCUUAUGAAGAGAGCAUUUUCGGCUCUGAUGAGGCCCUCCUUGCAUCAGCCCCGGCGCCGGACUGGUUUCGAGCCAGGGCUAAGCCGCCUCUCUAUCAUGUCCAGAGCUGAUGACAUCUGAUAACUUCUGGCAAAGCAGUCGGAUUUUUUUUUUUUUAAUUAGGGCUACGGAAGAGUCUGUACGUUUGUUUUUGUGGUACAGCCUUGUCAUAUACUACUGUUAGUCUAAAUUACGGUUGGAAUAUUUUUCUUUAUAUUCCUUUGUAAUUUACGAGUUCUUCAACGAGACUCGUGAACAUGCAUAAGUCGAUAUUUAGAUUUAGAUUGGAAUUAAUCUCAAUUAUUAAGUUAUUAUGAAUUUCACUGGAAAAGCAAACAUUUUUUUCU